CAAAGCAUCCAACAUCUAUAAAUACUGUAUAACGAAGAAAGUUACUUCAAGAGCACCUAGCUGGAGAAAGAACAAAGGCGGACCGGUGUUGCCGCGCGUCGCCCGCGGCAAUGGACGACAACCUGAAACGCAUUGUGUCUGAGGCGACGCGUGUAUGCCGAGAGCGGGGCCAGAAGGUCGACCCCUAUGUCGUCGCCUACGUGACGAGCCUGGAGGACGCCAGGGGCGCCCUGCAAUCGCUGGUUCCCGAUGUGUCGCUGAAGGCCGGCGCCGUCUCCUCGGAGGCGGUGGCCGCCAUUGGAGGCUACGUGGCGGGCCUGGUGGGGGACGCGCGGGACCCCCGCAUCCGCACCGCCAUGAUGCAGCAGGAGCGGGCGGGCAUGCUGCAGCGAGCCGUGACCGGCCCGCGGGCGCUGCGCGGCAACACGCCUGACGCCUACGACAAGUUCUACAAGCUGGUGCUGGAGGCAGUGGCUGUGGAGGCGGGUCUGGAGCUGGCCGUGGCCGACCCCACCGCCCAUGCCGAGCUGCGCGCCGCUCUGGAGUCCGUGUUCCCGGUCAGCGCCGUGUCGCGGUUCGUGACGCUGGCGGAGGGCGAGCGGCUGACGCAGCUGGCGGAGCUGGCGCGCAUCUGCACAGGCAUCUGCCUGUACAACCGCUCCUGCGGCGCGGGCGGCUCCGCACUGCCCGCCGCGGCCGCCAGCUACCUGCCCCAGGCGCAGAGGCUGCUGAGGGACAUCAGCAGGUGCUGUGUGGAGGUGGGCGAGCAGCUGGCCCAGCUGCAGGUGCUGCUGUCGCGACUGCCGCCGCCGCCGCCGCCAUCAGCCCCGGCGGCUGCGGAGGAAGCAGGAGAGGGCGAGGGCGGCGCGGAGGCGGCCGCUUCACAACCUGCGGAGCCUGUUGCGGAGCCUGCUGACGUGGCGGCGCGGCGGCGGCAGCUGCACUCGGAGAUCGUCAAUCGCGGCCAGGCUCUGCAGCUGUUCGAGUCGCUGUCCGCGGACCUGGGUGAGGGGCUGGAGGCGGCACAGCAGCUGGAUGCCGAGCUGGAGCACGUGCUAGUGCAGGUGGCUGAGGCGGUGGGCGGCUCCGCGGCAGUGCCCAAGGACCGCGUGUAUCCCCUGUUCGACAGGCUGGGUGCGCUGCACGCGGGCCUGCACCAGGAGCUGCGGCUGCUGGUGGUGCGCCAGCGCCUGUACGACGAACUCGGCGAGCUCAGCGCCCUGACGCCCGGCAGCGUGCUGGCAGGAGGGGGAGCGGGAGGAGCGGCAGGCGGCAAGAAGACGUCAGGCACCUCCACCUCGGCCACAGGCUCGCGUGUCGCCUCCGCGGGUGCCGCCGGCGCGCCGCCCUCCGCCGCCGCCGCCGUCGAGGCCCUGUGCGAGCAGCUGGACGAGGCCACACUGGCUGGACUGGACGCCCUGGCUUCAGGCCAGCCGCCGGCAGUAGCAGCAGCAGCAGCAGCCGAGGGCGAGGACGGCGCUGCUGCUACAGCCGCUCCCCCACCUCUGGAGUACAUCCGGCCCGCCAGCCACAGCCAGCUACAGCCGGGUCUGGCGCUUGCGGGGUUCUGCCCGGGGUCUCUGGGCGGGCGGCCGGCGGCGGCGGGCGGUGUGGCGCUGCUGCGGAGAGCCAACCCGCGCCUGGGAUACCUGGCCUUCGGGGACAAGGUGUACGGCUUCUCCAGCAACGCCGACAUGCGCGCCUUCCUGUCCGACCCCGCGGCGGUGCUGGCGGGGGUGGCCGCCGCGGUGGCGCGGGAGCCGCUGCUGGCGCGGCCGCUGGGACUGCCGCCGCCGGUGGCCAGCGCGGACGUGCACGCCGUGCUGCAGGCCAUGUCUGGUCCGCUCAAGGUGGACUUCGGCUGUCAGACGCCCGUGCACUUCCUGGAGCGCCACAUCGACAAGGACUACGAGUGGAACGUGUGGGCGCUGCGGCGGAGGGCCCUGGCCCUGGCCAACCUGCGCAAUAAGGCCACGCACUCGGCCCAGACCGCCGAGAGCCACUUCAAGCGAGAGAACGAGACGCAGGUGUGGAAGCCGCGCGAGGCUGUUGUGCAGACGCGUGUGACCAAGGGCCAGGCCAUGCCGCGCAAGCUGCAGUACGUGGCGGGGCUGCGAGGUGCGGCAGACGCCAAGAUGAACGUGGUGCGCCUGGAGCUGGACCUGGGGCAGCCGCACCAGCACUGAGGCGGAGGAGGAGGGGGAGGAGCGGGGGUGUUUUGAAAAGCGGUACAGGAUGCAGGCGGGGGGCGGAAGGAGGAGGAGGAGGAGGAGGAGGUGUGUGUGUAUGUGCAUGUGUGCGGGUGUGCCGCACCAGCACUGAGGAGGAGGAGGGGCGGGGGGGCAGCCGCAUUGAGGCGGACACUGGUGGAUUGCAAGGAUGUUUGGAAAAGCGGUACAGGAUGCAGGCAGGGGGCGGGGGGCGGGAGGAGGAGGAGGGGCGAGGAGGGAAAGGAGCAGUGCGCGGCAUGUGGGGUGUGAGUGGAGUGAGUGGCGGGCAGUGCAGUCCUGUACCAGUACAGGUACAGCCCACGUACACUGAGGGAGGGGGGCGGUGAAAGGAGCUCGUUGACUGGAGGGGGGUGCCGUACAGCUUUUAAGACGGUGUCAGAACUUGGCAAGGGGACAGCGCUACUGGGCUAGUGGACUGGACUGGACUGGACAGACGCGCGGGGGGUUGCUGGAUAGCUACAGCAUGCCGCAGGCAGGGUUGUGCCCUACGGCUCUGUAAGCUGAAGUGCUGAACUGCAAGCCGUCACACACAGCCACACAGAGACCGGAGGACUUUGGCCAGGUCCGGCCACCUUUGAUUCGCACCGCUUGCCAAGCUCUGUGUGUGUGUGUGUGUGUGUGUGUGUGUGUGUGAUGGGACAGGGUUCAAGGCAGGUUGGCGAGGUCCCGUAGGGUGCAGCUGAUGCCCAUACCCUCAAGCAGACGGCAAACAGUUUGCAGUGGCAGAGCAGAAGUGCAUGGCUGGUCGAACGCCGGAGUUACUGUACCGACAAGUUG